CUUGAAUAUCUACAUUUCUGUUUCUGUGCCUGAUACAGUUUUGAUUCAUCAUGGAUAAUCUGUCAUCAGAAGAAAUUCAGCAGAGGGCUCACCAGGUUACUGAUGAGUCUCUGGAAAGUACAAGGAGAAUCCUGGGUUUAGCCAUUGAGUCUCAGGAUGCAGGAAUCGAGACCAUCACUAUGCUGGAUGAACAAGGGGAACAACUAAAUCGCAUAGAAGAAGGCAUGGACCAAAUAAAUAAAGACAUGAGAGAGGCAGAGAAGACUUUAACAGAGCUCAACAAGUGCUGUGGCCUUUGUGUUUGCCCAUGUAAUAGAACAAAGAACUUUGAGUCUGGUAAGGCCUAUAAGACGACAUGGGGAGAUGGCGGAGACAACUCACCUAGCAACGUAAUAUCUAAGCAGCCAGGCCGGGCGGCAAAUGGUCAGCCUCAGCAACCAACAACAGGAGCAGCCAGCGGAGGAUACAUUAAACGUAUAACUAAUGAUGCCAGAGAAGAUGAAAUGGAAGAGAACCUGACUCAAGUGGGCAGUAUCCUGGGAAAUCUGAAAAAUAUGGCUCUGGACAUAGGCACUGAGAUCGAAGCUCAAAACAAACAAAUAGAACGGAUCACAGAAAAGGCUGACACCAACAAAGAUCGUAUUGACAUUGCCAAUGCCAGAGCAAAGAAACUCAUUGACAGCUGAAGCUACUGCUGUACUUCUUUAUCAUUUAUUCACUUCCCUAGCUCCUUCUCCAAAGUCAUUACCUUUUUCAGAGUUUGAAAUUUUGGUUCCAUACUCUUCUAAUCGGGAAAUAAUGUGGAAGAAGGGCCAGAGGAGUAACAGCUGCUUCCCCAACCCCCAUUUUGUAUUUUCUGUUGCUGUCGAGGGUAGACUGCUACUCAGCCUUCCUUCUGGUAUUUUCUUUCUCAGUUCAUAGUCUUAGAUUGAUUUUCAUACAUCAUAUAUAGUGUUUUCAUCUUAUUCUUUACUUUAGCAGUUUCUUUUGCUUUCAAAAUUUGGAAGCACUGCCAAAGACAACCCUGAGAAAGGAAGCUGAAGAGCUGAUUGGUUUAUUCCUUUGUUU